GACGAAAAGCAGUGCGUUGAAAAUGACGGACGCUGAUAUGGAUACUGAAAUAUUGAUUGAAGAGGCACACAUUCUCAGUUUGGGUGCUGAAGAAGAGAUCUGCAUCGAACCAGCUGCCAAGGAGUUUCACGCUAUCCACUAACUAUAAACCAAGCUCUACAUUUAAUGUUGUCUUGGUAGUUGGGUGUAUGGCUUUUCUAAUGCACAGCCACUCACAUAAGGG